CCGUCUCUCUUCUGGCUUUCAAUAAAGUUUUCUUCCUCUUCCCUUGUACGGAGCUCAAGAUGGCGGUCUCCUGGUCGCCCUUGGUUACCCUGCGCUACUUAGCGCGGAGCCGGCUGAGAGGGAGAUGUGUUGGGUGCGGGGCCUGGGCCUUCGCCCCCGGGAAGCCCCUUUGGAAAGCUUAUACGGUUCAGACAUCAGAGAGUGUGACUCCGUCUUCUGCUUCUGAGGCCCAUUCGAAAGCGUUGGCUGCUUGCCAUGGACCUCUGGACCACUAUGAUUUUCUGAUCAAAGCUCAUGAACUAAAGGACGAUGAACAUCAAAGAAGAGUCAUCCAGUGUUUGCAGAAAUUAUUUGAGGACCUUAAAGGAUACAGUGUAGAGGCAGAAGGCUUUCUUUCAAAGCUUUUUUCAAGGAACAAACCUCCAAGGGGCCUAUAUGUUUAUGGAGAUGUUGGUACAGGGAAGACAAUGGUGAUGGACAUGUUUUAUGCCUAUGUGGAAAUGAAGAGGAAAAAACGGGUUCACUUUCAUGGUUUCAUGCUAGAUGUACACAAAA